AUGGCCGUGCUGUGUGGGCUCACCUGGCAGGGCACGGGUGAUCUAGAGUUCUCCGUGCCCACUGGUUUUGUACACUCUGCCCUGCCACAUGGCGCUCGGGGACUGGCAUCCUCCAGCAUCAGAGCCCGAGAAGACAGCUGGUUAAAGUCCUUAUUCGUCAGAAAAGUUGAUCCAAGAAAAGAUGCUCACUCCAACCUCCUGGCCAAAAAGGAAACGAGCAGCCUGUACAAACUGCAGUUUCACAAUGUUAAACCGGAUUGCCUAGACGCAUACAACAAAAUUUGUCAAGAGGUGUUGCCAAAGAUUCACGAAGAUAAACAUUACCCUUGUACUUUGGUGGGGACUUGGAACACGUGGUAUGGCGAGCAGGAUCAAGCUGUCCAUCUCUGGAGGUAUGAAGGAGGCUACCCAGCCCUCACAGAGGUGAUGAAUAAACUCAGAGAAAAUCAGGAAUUUGUGGAAUUCCGUAAAGCAAGAAGCAACAUGCUCCUCUCUAGGAGGAAUCAGCUGCUAUUGGAGUUCAGUUUCUGGAAUGAGCCUGCCCCUCGGGCAGGACCUAAUAUAUAUGAACUCAGGUCCUACCAACUCCGACCCGGAACCAUGAUUGAAUGGGGCAAUUACUGGGCCCGUGCCAUUCGCUUCCGGCAGGACAAUGGUGAAGCGGUCGGUGGAUUCUUCUCUCAGAUCGGGCAGCUCUAUAUGGUACAUCAUCUCUGGGCUUACAAGGAUCUUCAAACCCGAGAAGAUAUACGAAACGCUGCAUGGCAUAAACAUGGCUGGGAAGAACUGGUCUAUUACACAGUCCCGCUCAUUCAGGAAAUGGAAUCCAGAAUCAUGAUCCCGCAGAAGACCUCGCCCCUCCAGUAA